AUGGACUGCCAUUUUUCUGUCUGGGGAGUUUUGGCCUUUCUGAGUUUGGCUCUGGUUAUUUCGUUGAUACUGAACAUUUCACACUAUAUGAAAAAGAAGCAAGAGGCUAAAAUGUAUAAAGAUUAUGAAGACAACAGUCCAAGCUAUGACUGUUAUACAGAAGAUGACCCAGUUUAUGGCAAUCUCAAUCAAGAUAUUUUAGAGGAAUGUUGUUACGAGCAGAUGAAGUCCCAGACUCAAAGGCCAGUUAACCAACUACAGGUGGAGUCUGCCAAUCAGAUGUGUUACGCCUCGCUUGAUCACAGCGUCAAGGGAAAACGCAGAAAACCAAGGAGAAAGAAAGACCCUUCAUCAGAGGAGGAUGAAGAAGAAAGAUCAUCUAACCCCACCAUAACAGCUUCCAAAGUUAGCAUUUACCUCAAUAGCGAGCAGCUGGCUGCAGAAAACACAGCAAACAUAGAAGCCAUUCACGAUGAUCCCAUCAGAUUAAUGGGUUUGAUUCAUACUACAAAAGGAGAGAACGUUUGA